UUCUCGAACGAAACAUGGCUUGGACAUUAUCCGUGCGACAGAAACUUGCACUUGCGUUAUUAGUACACCGUCUGCGACGGAAGCGCAGGCGCUCCAUGUACGUUCGUGAAAUUUUCGCGGAACGGAGAACCGCCAGCGAGUACCACCAGCUAGUGCAAGAACUGCGGCAGAAGGACCCGGAGUACCAUCUCAAGUAUUUCAGGAUGACCAAGGCCUCUUUUGACAAACUUUUGAGCCUUCUCUACGACCGCAUCAUCCAUCCACCAAACCACAGGAACCUAAUCUGCCCAGCAGAAAGGCUAGCAGUCACAAUACGGUUUCUGACAACCGGCGGCUCCAUGCUGGACAUAGCUUUCAGUUACCGCAUGCAUGUGUCCACUGUGUCCGGGAUCCUGAAAGAAACCUUACCUGCCAUUUGGGACUGCCUUUCCCCAGUUGUACUCAGACAGCCAACCAAAGGUGAAUGGGAGGCCAUUAGAAAGGACUUUGAUUCCAAGUGGAACUUUCCGAAUGCUGUGGGGUGUAUAGACGGCAAACAUUUUGCUAUUACUUGUCCUGAUGGCAGUGGUUCAGAGUUUUACAAUUACAAGGGCUUUUAUUCAUUGAUCAUGCUGGCUCUUGCAGACGCACACUAUCGCUUCAUAUUGGUUGAUAUUGGUGCCCAGGGCCGACUGUCUGAUGGCUCUUUCUUCAGAAAAAGUGAUAUCAAAAAUGUUUUGAAAAUACCACACUUGACUUGCCUUCGGGUCAUAAUGGCCUGCCACUCUGCAUCGUUGGAGAUGCGGCGUUUCCACUGA